AUGGCCAGUCUGGUAUUUGACCCCUUCGAGGCCCUAGGACUUCCUCGAGAUGCCUCCACGGCCGCCAUCAAGACGAGAUAUCACGACCUUGCGAGGAAAUACCACCCGAAUCGAACCAUCGUCCCGCCGGGAGUCGAGGGAUCACAGCAGACAUCCCACGAGCAUUUCCAUAACGUUCACCAGGCAUGGCAGAUAUUGAGCAAGGCGGAGAAUAGACGGAGACGCGUGGAGCUUCUCAACCUGCUCGACCUUCAAGAUGAGAUGCUUGCUCACUACGAAGACUUGUUGAGCGAGGCAGCUACUGCAGACCAAGAGGAUACCUCCCCAGAACGCCAUCGUGGAGCUGAGCUAGAGGGAUACAUAUCGAGCGACGCCGACGAAGAUCUGCCCAAUGUCGGUAUCCAACGAAGGCAGACCGUCCUCUCACGCGAGUCUCGCGGAGCCAGACGCCUUGCAGAGCGCCGCGAGAGCCUCGACGCGGGAGGUGCUCCCAACUCGCCCAAGAAGACUAGCAAAUGGCACCUGAUCAAAUCCUCCAGCAAGCCCAUUGGGAGGAGGGAUGAACAGAAAGAGGCCGACUAUUUCACGCUACGCCGCAAGAAGAUGGAGAAACUACGUCGGAAGGAGCUGGAAGCAUUCACCGAAUAUCGCAAUGCCAUGGUAGCCAAGUUUGCGGCUGAAGAGAAGGCAGAGAAACACCAUGAAGAAUACGAGAGGGCAAAGUGGAGGCGCGAGUACUUCGAGCGUGCUCCUCGCGGAACAACAGAGCGCAUGCGGUCGUUCCAGCAUUUCAUGGGAGCAGUCACAGCUUUCGAGCAACAUACUCCGCGGCAAAGGAACCGCUCGACGGUCAGCUAUUCAACAAUGUCCCCUGUUGUCGCGCAGGGAGAGGGCCCUUCGUUUCUUAUUCCGGAUCAUGCGCUUGGCCGACAGAAGACCACGCACCGAAGAGGGUGGAGUAGUGAUAUUAGUGGCGAUCAGACCGAAAGCAGCGAGGAUGAAUCUGGCGAGGCUCAUGGCCCUAAAACUCCUCCCACGCAUUGGCAUGAGUAUUCCAAACGCAACAAGAGUCUCCACUUCGCUUCAUUUCCCUUUCCUCGCAUGCACAACGCAAAUUUGGUCAGCUCACAAGAACCUGCAUCAUCGUCACCAGGUCCCUUCAAGCUACUUGUUCGACGGCCGACAGACCUCGGCUCUAUCGUCGAAGCACGUGACUCCAGCGGCGAGACUGUCUCUGGAUCUUCGAGGUCUCCCUCGCCAUGUCCCUCGCCACAGGCGAAUGGCGCGAGCGCCCUCGAGCUGGGAAAGUUCACCAUCGUACGCUCAAAUGACACCGCCGACCUCUUUGGCAUACCAAACGAUCGAUGUACUCGAUCGCCGAGCCCAGGCGCGCAUCGGCGCUCUGCCUCACCUGGCCGCCGUGCCCACGACAAUGCUGUUGGAGAAGGAUGCCAGUUUGCCACUAAGCAGUUAGGUGCGCCGCAGCACCAACAAGUGCCCUUCGCCCACGUCCACCUCCUGACUCGCCACGACAAAUCGCGUCUACUGGGUUCAGAGCCAGACACUGAUACCGAUCCUGAAGCGCUGCUUGUUCGCCUUCGUCUGUUGAACCAGCACGUGGCUUCGAGAUUCGAGGUGAAGCCGAACAUGGAGCAGCUCUUCAACUUCAGACUUAUCUAUGGGAGCAGAGAGGUGACUCCCAGACAGCAUCAAUCCUUCAUUGCGCUCAGCUACCGGCGCAAGCUGCACGUAGAGAAGCAUCAGUAUCACUUCACAUUACCUUUGGAGCCUGAGAUCUUCCAAGCCGUGUGGGACGAGCGUCAAUCAGACACUGAAGGCGUUUGGAUAGAUCAAAUAUGCAUAGACCAAGAGGACGACAUGGAACGUACCAUAUCGAUGUCCGCGAUGGACAUGGUGUACAGGAGUGCUCGGCUGAUCGUGGUUGCUUUGGACGAUAUCGAACUUACCGCCUACGAGGGAGCGCUCCUGCAAAACCAUAUGGACGAAUACAAUGCGAUGACCCAUGUCCCUCCAAGGCAACGAUUUCGACAUAAGCAGCCGCCGUAUCUGGAGAGUCAUGAGAGUCUUUACAAGAUCGUUCGGAAAGUUCUGGGCUCUUCGUGGUUCAGAAGAGCUUGGUGUAGACACGAGAUGAGGCUUGCCAAGCAUCACAUCUUCCUAAUCCCCAGCCAAAGUAAGAAUUCCUCGGUAAGGGACGUGCUAAGGUUCAACAGCAAAUGCAUCGCACAUCUACUGGAUCUCUCGACGGAGGUGCCCUUCGAACCAGAAGUGGAGUCCGUCAAGCCGGCACUACAUGCAUUCUUUCGCGAUAGGAGCAAGAUGACACCUGAUCAGCGUCAAAUGCACCUACACCAUGGCAACUUCUCUACGGUAGUUGCCGAGGUAUUCGCUAUGCAGGCUGGUGGUGAUCCACGUAUACCGGCGGAGCAGAGACUGUCUGAUGCGAGAAAAGACAAGGUUGCCAUCAUAUUGAACACCAUGGAGUGUGGGCUGGCGCUGCAGCAGCGCUUUCGAUUGAAUGGCGCCUACAACAGGGACAGCGAAUGCUUCCACGACCUCUCGCUGCUGGCACUCGCAGCCCGAGACCCUGGUGUUCUAUGUUCUGUGGGGGCACCGCUUGUGGUUGACGAAGCUGUCGGCAGUUGGAUCUUCUCACCAACCGUCGCAGAUGCCGGCCUAAAUAACACGAAGACUCUGCCGCGGCUCCCGAGCGACUUCAAUUGCGUGACGAAGACUUCGGGAGCAGAACAUUUCAUCCAACUCGAUCUGAAGUUCUUGCAAGGUGGAAAGGCUUGGCGACCGACGUUGGAUCCAGACCAGGACCUGCUCAGGUUGGCUACGCGCUUCACCAGUGUGUGCAAAGAGCGGAAAUGGGGCCGAAACAGAAAGCGGUACCUGACGCACGAUCGAAAGGCCAACCUACUCUUUGGGCCUAUGCAAGAGGUCUAUGUGGAGACUCUGGCGUGCAUAUUGUACUGUGGCCCGGACUGGAUGGGCGAUGUGUGCAUGAGAUACAGCAUGAGCCGAUGGAAAGUCGAUCUUCGAGGGGCUUGCGAGCUCCUCAUUGCUCUCAAGAAUACCGAUGGCAAAUGGCCGGAGUCAGCCUGGAAUGAACGCGCCGCCAGCUUCAUUAUGGACUUUGUGAACUUCCUGGUCAUUCGUGGUCUGCCGCAGCGUCAAAUCUCGAAACCCGAGCAAUGGAGACCGUGCUGCGUGACCAUGCCGACAGGAGGGAGGGUACUGACCUUCACUCCCGUCGACCGAAGCGUACGGCCGGCGAUCCCAUCCGUCCUCAUCAAUCCGGAGUACGUCCACCUGGCGCGACUCUGGAUCCUCAAACCGAAAAUCACCUCUACUUCUGACCACCACCACCACGACGACGAACACGUGGUGGACGCGAUUUCCGCCAUUUCCGAAUGGACCCUACUCGGCAAAGCCGUGCUCUUUAGCGAUGAAUUGUCGAUUGGGCAAAUGUAUGCAUAUGGAGGGGAUUUCAAGGAGCAGCAGAAGGUCUAUGGACGACACCGCCAGAUGUCCUCGUCCUCCUCCUCUUCCACCUCUUCCAAUGGCGUCGUUAUUCGUGGAAAGACUUCGCGAUGA